UAGUACGCCUAAUGAAAUCGGGAAGUAAGAAAUGAAAACAAAAUGGCCCCGGCUGCUGUCAGAGUUUGUUGUGCCUGUGUUCGGUGGUUUCCUGUAGUUUUCAUUACAGCAGUUAUUGUCUGGUCGUACUACGCUUAUGUGGUUGCUUUGUGUGUCUAUACUGUGCCAAGUAUUGCAGAAAAAGUUAUAUACCUGUUAAUCUACCAUCCUAUAUUGGUGAUAUUUCUGUGGGCCUAUGCCAAAACUAUAUUUACAGAUGUUGGAUCAGUUCCUCGUUCAUUUUAUUUGACAGUUCAAGAAAUAAACAGAUUAGAAAGAGAAAGAGGUGAAGAAGCACAGAAAAAUAUACUUCUAGAAUUAGCCAAAGAUAAACCUAUACUUAAUAGAACACAUGCUGGAAGUGCCAGAUAUUGUGAGAAAUGUAAAUGUAUAAAGCCAGACAGAGCACACCAUUGUUCUGUAUGUGGACAAUGUGUGUUAAAAAUGGACCACCAUUGUCCUUGGGUGAAUAAUUGUGUAGGAUUUACAAACUAUAAAUAUUUUGUUUUAUUUCUUGGUUAUGGAUUGCUGUACUGCUUAUUUAUAGCAUUUACAAGUCUAUAUUAUUUUAUAGAAUUUUGGACGGGGGGUAGUAGUAAAGAGGCUGUAAAGUUCCAUGUUUUAUUUGUAUUUUUCGUUGCUAUGAUGUUUGGUAUAAGUUUGAUAUCGUUAUUUGGAUAUCAUAUAUACCUCACAUGCAGUAAUAGAUCUACUCUAGAGUCUUUCAGAUCACCUAUAUUCCAGACAGGAGCAGAUAAAAAUGGCUUCAGUUUGGGCAAAUUAAACAACUUCAAAGAAGUUUUUGGAGAGAGAAAACUUUUUUGGUUUUUACCAAUUUUUUCAAGUGACAGAGAUGGGGUGUCCUUUCCAACUUUGAAAUCCCAGACUAACAGUAAUUCAUACCAAACAAUGGCUCAGACACCAAGUUUUGGUGAUGGCAUUGCCUAUCCGACUAGGACUGAUGAUAUACCGUCUGACGGUCUGUUAGCAGACAGACAAAGAUGGAUGGAGGAAGGAGAUGUUGAUGGUGGAACACAAUUGAGUGGUUCCAGUACUAAUUUAAUCAAGUGAUAAUACAGACUAUAACAGUCAUUUCAACAAAGCCGUGAGUUACAGAUGAGCCAUGUGAUCAAUGUUGUUGGGGAGAUAACCCUGUACAGAUAAUAGAAUAGGAAUGAUGCAAGGCAAACAGAAAGUUUCUUAAAAGACAUGUCUCAUAUUAAAACUACUGUCGUAAAAAUAACAAAUACUUUGAUAGCAGUGACAUUACAUAAAUGACAAAAUUAUUGAUUUUUAGAAUUUUUAACAUGUACUGUAAAAAGACUCUUUCUUUGAUUAAACUGUAGUGUUUUGAAGUGUAAAUUCUCCACUUAGAUCUUUGUACAGACAGGAUAGCAUUUUUUAUGUACUUUCAUUGUCAUGAAAUUGUUGUUUUAAAUGUCAAACAUAUGAAAUACCUCGUAAUAUGUUAAGUGUUGACUUUUGACAAACACUAAUUGUUAUAGCAAUAAAAAACCUAAUGUCA